GUGUGAUGAUCUACACGUGCUUUUAACUCAUAACAAUAUAAUAUAUGGCAAAAUAUUGUGAAGCUUUCCGUUUUAAAAAAUGACGGUAAAUGGGCAAACUCUGCCAGGCCAUUUCAGCAAAAAACAAUUGUUGAAAAUAGCGCACGUAAAAUUAAAAGAAUAGCCCCUAAAUAAAUCACAGAAUUACCGCGUGUCUAUGACGCCGCCUGUCGGUGUACCGAAGCAGUGGGAUGUUUUCGCUGAGGGAUGACUGGCUACAGGAAUUGAGCUGCGCUGUGAUUGGUGCGCUGACACGCUCUUUUGUUUGCUCCGACACUUGUGCGUGACGUGCGGCACUGUUAAUCCAGUGUAAUAAAAGUUAAACCUCAUAUUCUGACGAAGGCUCUUGAGUAGAGGGUUUGUUUCCUGCUAUUGAAAUUAUUUUUGCGGACUGCACAAUGACAAUAAGAUCAGACCGAGACCAUGGUCAACAUUAUCGGCCACGGAUGGCCUGCCUCAAAAAGGUGGAGGCCAUAGUGGUUCAGAUGCAGCACCCGACAAAUGGAGUGGAAAGAUCAGAACAGAAGCUAAAUAUUACAACAAUUCCUCAUGUCAUGGCCGGUCAGGACAUCCUUGCUUGGAUUGUCAACCAUAUGAAGAUAACCAAUGAAGAGGCUCAAGCAUUUGGCACAAUGUUAGUGGCAUAUGGGUACAUCUACCCUCUCCAGGACCACAGAAAGCUUGUGCUUAAACCAGAUGGCAGUUUGUACCGCUUUCAGACCCCAUAUUUUUGGCCUGUGCAGAAAUGGAGGGCUGAGGACACGGACUAUGCUAUCUAUCUGGCAAAAAGGAACAUCCGCAAAAAAGGAAUACUUGAUGUAUAUGAACAGGAGGAAUACAGCAAACUCCACAAAUGGAUGAACCACAAAUGGGAUUUUAUCGUAAUGCAAGCUAAAGAGCAGUACCGUGCUGGGAAGGAACGUAAGAAACCAGACAGAGUGGUGUUUGACUGUCAGGAGAGAGCCUACUGGAUAGUCCACAGACCUCCGCCACAGACUCACAGCGCCAUGGAUUAUGGCAUGGACCGUCAUAUUGACCCUAAUACAGAGGAGAAAAAAACCUGCGAGUACUACAGAAGAAUCAUCAUCUACACACAGCAAGCCGUUAUGAGGUCAAAGGUCAAGUCCUCAGUGUCUCUUGGAGCCUUUGUCAAGUACAUGACAACAUACAAGGAACACGACCCGUUCCUCGUCCCCUGCCUCCCUAGCAACCCCUGGCAAACUGAUGAUGACAUGUACUGGGAGCUAAACGUGUCAAAUGUUGACGUUCCAACAAAGAUGAGAGUUGAGCGCUGGUCCUUCAGUUUCUUUGAGUUGCUCAAUGACCCACGGGGCCGUACAGACUUCAAGGUCUUCCUAAAAAAGGAAUUCAGUGGGGAGAAUUUGGCUUUCUGGGAAGCUGCUGAAGAGAUGAAAUGGGAUGCUGCAUCUUCUAUGUCAGAGAAGGCUGAGAGCAUUUUUAAAACUUUUUUGGUCCCAGGAGCACCGCGCUGGAUCAACAUUGAUGGCAGGACCAUGGGUCUUACAGUGAAAGGAUUAGAACAUCCUCAUCGCUAUGUGCUGGAUGCUGCCCAGAACCACAUCUUCAUGCUGAUGAAAAAGGAUACAUUUUAUCGCUAUUUAAAGUCGCCAGUUUACAAGGAUGUUCAGAAAAAGGCCAUUUCACCAACACCACACAAUUUUACUGAUGCUCAACUACAGCAGAACUCCAGGAACCGUAGGCCCAGCAUUCACCCUAUCAUCACCUGGCAACAGGAACAGGAAGAGAAAGCAAAGGCAGCAGCCGCGGCUGGACCUGUGGACCUUAAAAAGCUGAAAGAGAUGACCAGCAAACUAGAUCGCAAAUAGAAGGUUGAAGGCCGUAGGUCAGGGAAGGAAAUGCUUUAUAGCAAGUCAGUGUCUGACUGUUAAAAGUAUAUCAAUACAAAUGUUUAAUUAUUCUUGGGUGUUCAAGGUUAGGGCACUGAAUUGAUAAUGUAAAUAUGAUGCGUGUAACUGAUCUAACUGGCAAAUAGUUCAGCAGUUCCUGUAAUCAGUAUUCCUACAUAUAAAUUAUAUAUUUUCAUUGAAUUUGUCAAUAAAAUGUCUAAAUAAUGAUUAGAUAUGGAUGAAUGUGAUGUCAAAAAUUUGCUUUUUCAGAUCACAUUGGUUUCCAUUGAUUCUGUUCAUACCAUUUGACACACAACUCAUUACUUUCAUGUAAUCUUCAUCUAGCACUUAUCCAUUUAUAGUGUGAAUAUGUUUUCUAUGUGUGCAGUAGUAUGAAUCAUUUCUCGUUCUUAAAGAAUUGCAUCUCUUCUACAGUAAAAAUAAAAAGGCAUCAUGACAUUUGUUUUGUAUGUUGAUUAAAUCACAAUACUGCCAGCUUUUUCUAAAUGUAUUUUGCCAAGCUACAAUAUAUUAAUUAAAUCAAAACAAAAAAUUAUGGCAAAUUGAAUAUUUUCAAGCAGAAAAUAUCUAUCCACAAAUACGAUGAAAAUAAUAGGCAACGUAGUAUGUAGUAAUGUAGUAUGACAAUAUAGUAUGCCAUGGUAACAAUAAAAAAGCAGCAUGUUGUUGGAUUAAGGCCCAGCAUU